GUCGCAGUUCGCUUCACGAAAGACUUAUGUACACUUUUCUACUGAAGACGUGGUAAAAUAUCUGAGAGUUCCUGUGCUCAUCUCAGUACCCCACAACUACUACUUGACACUCUUCACCUAUUCGGGACAGAAAGCCUUUCGGGGGUGGUCCUUACGAUCUUGCAGUGUCUCGUGCAAUUCAGGCACGGUUUCAGAGUGGUAAGAGAUACACCAAAAGCCCACCAUGGCUAAUGAUGAGACGGAUGCCCUUGAUACUCUGGAGAGAGAAGCCAAGGAAUAUGACAAGGAUGCUGAGAUUGACCGGAUUCUCAAAGCCUUUAAACUUGAUUCAUAUGCCGUGCUAGAUUUACAACCAGGUGUGCCAGAGUCGGACAUCAAGAUUGUCUACCGCAAAAAGUCACUCAUGAUCCAUCCGGACAAAACCAAAAACCCUCAAGCACCAGAAGCGUUUGACCGAUUGAAAAAGGCACAAACUGCUCUUCUCGAUGAGAAACAGCGUCAACAUUUAGACGAGUGUAUCGCGGAUGCCCGCCAACUACUGAUCCGACAACACAAGUAUACAGUGGACUCGGAAGAGUUGAAAACAGAUGAGUUCAAAGUGGAAUGGAGAAAGAAGACGGUAGAGGUUCUAGUUGAGGCGGAAGCGCGAAGACGGAGACAGCUUAAGGCUCGAAUGCAAGAGGAAGGUCGAGAACAGGCUAAAGAGGAAGCGGAACUGGAAGAGCGGAAGCGGAAACGAGAUCACGAGAAAGAAUGGGAGAAUACUCGUGAGCAACGGAUUGGGAGUUGGCGUGACUUUCAAAAGGGAAGUAAGAAGGCAGAGGAUGGGAAAAAGAAGAAGAAAUUAAAGGUUCUGGGAUGAGGAACAAAGGCAUUGCGAAAAUAUGACAAGAUUAAACGGAUGGUGUUCUAUGGUGAUAGAAGGGAAUAAUGGCAUUGAUUUUAGGUAGGGAAGAGCUAAGCUGCCUAUCAGAUGACAUGGGCGGCGUUUAUUGUGUAUGUUAGGUACAUAGAGU